CAUCAAGUUAUCAUCAAUUCCUGUUGCUAUCCACUACUGAUCCGCUUGGGAGGAAAAGCAGCCCCUCACCCUGCAACUCCCAACAGAUUGAAAUGGCGAUUUCAUUGACUUCUCUCACCGCAUCCUUCGCCUCUCUCUCCUUCUCCUCUCACGUCUCACAGAGGCCCCGUGCGCUGUCGUUUACCCAUUCCAAUCGCCUCUCUCUGUCUCAUACGCGCAAAAUCCCUAGCUUCGUCGUAGUGGCCUCCGCCGUGGAGGCAGCUCCCUUGACCGAGGAUCUGGAAACCGCUGACCUCCAGAAGUAUGUCAAGUCCAGGCUUCCUGGUGGCUUCGCCGCCCAAACUAUAUUCGGAACUGGCCGCCGCAAGUCCGCCAGUGCUCGCGUCGUCCUCAAGGAAGGUUCCGGCAAAGUCAUCAUAAACUAUCGCGACGCCAAGGAAUAUCUUCAAGGAAACCCAUUGUGGAUUCAGUAUGUUAGAACUCCGUUGGUAGUUUUAGGAUAUGAAAGUAGUUAUGAUGUUUUUGUCAAGGCACAAGGUGGUGGUCUUUCUGGACAGGCCCAAGCAAUCUCCCUUGGCAUUGCUCGUGCUCUACUGAAAGUGAGCGAGAGCCAUAGAAAACCUUUGAGAGAAGAAGGCCUACUGACCAGAGACUCGAGAGUAGUGGAAAGGAAGAAAGUUGGUCUCAAGAAAGCUCGGAAAGCUCCACAAUAUUCCAAACGUUGAGAUAUUUUGGAUGAUCAUAGGCGAAGCAGUAGGAUUGCUGAUCAUGUAUGGUAUAUCCAAGAGUUUAAGAUGAACUAAUGAGCUAUAUUUUGAGAUAUAUUCCUUGUAAAUUACUCAUUAUGUUGUAGUGUUUUAAAUGAAGAAGAGAACUCAAUUGUCUUGUUACCUGAAAUUACCAUUUUUUUCCUGCUUUUUUCAGUUGGACAAUAACCUUCAUCCUUUGUAGUUUGUAGAAUGAAUCCAAUAUUGUCCAACAAAGAAAUUGAUUUUGAAUUU